UUCAUGCGUUCUCAGGUACCUCAUAGCCCCCCAUCUUGGCUCACAUUUUGUUCCGGCACCUCCCAAUUUACAAAUUAAGCACUUUUGCCGAACUGCUGCUGCUUCCACGACCACUACCACCAUUAGUCACCACGUCACAUCCAGCCUGCAGCCAGAGGGGGACCUGAGUCGACAACGCUCUAUUCCGCAGAUAAGGGACGGUCAACCCCUAAACAUGCGAGUGUGGUCAAAUACUUCUGUUCAGAAUGGCCCCUGCUCAUGCAUGUCUUCCUCUCCCCCCUCUAUCGCCAGUGUGGAACAGACCAUGGGCUCGGUGCCACAGACGCUUGAUGAUAACGGGCGAAGAGGAACGACUGGCAACCAACAACCCGACGGACAAAUGCUGGACGAGCGACCGACGGUGGUGGCGGAGGCCAUCUUGAGGACAUCCAGCAGCGUGGACAGUGUUUUGGGACUGUGUGUGUGAAUGGUGUGAACCACCCUGAUACUUUUGAAAUAACAUUUUUAAAAACUUUUACUUUAUAGCCUUGUCUGUGUGGUGGCCUGUAGUCAUAGAAACCUGGAAGUUGACAUACUGUACUUUUUGCCAUGUAGUGUAUCUAAGCGGAUGAAUUUAAUAGUGCAUUUAAAUUAGAAUUCAACGUGGUGUUUUUUAGGAACACGUGUCCCCGUGGUAGUUGUAUUGAAUCAACUUUGCAUGUCCUCUUAUAUUGACCUGCAAACUCUUCCUGAUAUUGACCCUGUCGUCCCACAUGACUCAUUUUAAUACCACAACUCUUUUACAAUCUUGCCCCUUAAUACAGGAUGACAUCAUUUUAAAUUCUUUAAACCGAUGUCGCAAGGAAUGUUGGAGCUUGUGCAGUCUGUGACAGGGAGAGUUACUGUGCGUUGUGUUGGGUGCUAUUCGCUAUGACCCUCCACGUGUAGUGUGUUGACACAGGCAGAGUUAAAGACAGCCAAUGAAAAGAAGGACCCAUCCCUUUAUAAGCACGGUCUUGAUGAAGAGUCAUUCUGCCAAACCUAGUACACAGUGAAAAUUAAAAAACAUGCAUCUCAAAGUAGUGAUCUUCACCUUGUCAUGUUUGACAACCACAGCAUACCCACUCCACCGUACCCGCAGAGAAACAUCACAGGCACUACGGGACAAUCAAGCUCAUGAGAAGACAGACCUCAACAAGGAUGUCAAUGGGCUGUGGAAGAGCCAUGUGGAGAACAGCAACCUGUAUUCCCAGGACAGCCCCAACCCCAUGGUGAGCGAGAUCAGGCACAAGCUUACCCUGGAGUCCGAGAGGCUGCGCGCCCACCUUCGCCAGGAGCUCACUAAGCUGAGGGAGAGGCUCGCCCCGUACCCUGCCCACCCCCAGUCCAGCGAGUCCACCCUGGCCAGCAUGAGAGAUCGCCUAGGCCCCCUGAUCAAGCAGCUCCAGAGCGCCUUGGACGGCAACAGCCAGGAGCUGUGUAGCCACCUCAGGCUCUACUUUCAUGGAUUGGAGGCCACGGAAAGCCAGGCGGCGGCCGGACCCACCCUAUACCUGGAGGCUGUGCAGUGGAUCAGCCAGACCUUGGACGACAGCAGUGCCGAAAUGACCUUCCUCAUCCAGGACUUCAAAACCAAGAUGUCCAGCAUGAUCAGGGAGCUCAUUGGUACCAUUCAGGGGGACUUCUGGCAGGAGGUGAAUGUCCGACUGGGACAGGAGGUGCAGGCGUUGAGUCUGGAGAUCCAGGGCAGGGUGGGGGUGCUGAAAGCAAAUCUGGCCCGUCUCCUGCUGGCUCCACAGCCCCUCAAGGCAGUGGUGUCCACCAGUAUGGAUCAGUUCUGCCAGAGUGUUGCCUUACAAGACCAGUUGUUCCAUGCCCGAAUUGAGAAGCACCUUCUGGGGCAGGAGUCACAGGCUCAGAGCCCCAGCGAGCCGCUCUCUCUACAACCUCUGGGCUUAUUGGAGGAGGACUUCUCUGCGAAACUAAGUGUUCUCCUCCAGGACAUUCUUAACAAUGUCCAGUAAAAGCAGAACAUAACUUUCCACAUAGCAGAAUGAGAGCGAGAGAGUGCAUUGUGUCCCAUUAUAGGGAGCAUUUAAACUAUAUCAUUGUUUCUGCUCCUCGUGCUUAUAUAUAUCAACUCCUCUACCAUUGUAUAUAGAGUACAGUAAGUAAUCCAUGUAUAUUUAUGAUGUUUCCAUUGUUGUGUUUAUUUCAUGUGGAUGAUUGUUGUAAAGGCAUUGUAUGUCAACUGUAAAUAAAGCUUGUGUGAAGUUUA